UAGCAGUACAGAGCCCUUUUUGGUAUCUAGAAACAAUAAUCCUUUAGGAGCUAUAUUAUGAGUUGUGUUUAAAUAUAGCAGAAAAGUUGAGUGUUAAAUUUAAUAUAAUACUUAAAUCGCCUCCAAGAAAAAUUUAACGAAUUUGCUCCUUCAAAUCUUAAUAAUUCUUCCGUCCAAUAUGAUCUUAACCAAAUUGGCUAAACAGCCACGAAUUUGUCACCUUGCAAGAUGUUACACUGUGCCAAGCUCGACAAGUCAACCAGAGCCAUCAAAAAAUGCUCCUGCCUCAGCUGUUACAAAGUCAAAAGAAAAACCGAAGAGGAAGAAAAGAAAAUACAACAUCAAAAAAGUUUUGGAUGAAUUUCGCACGUUGAGUGAAAAUGCUUUCGAGCCAGUUCAGCUCACCCAGGCAGAAGUCAUGCCUGCCGAGGCUAGGAGAAAUGAGGUCAACAUUGAAAUGCUACCGAAGAGUCUUUAUCAGAAAAUAUUUGGCUGUGAUGAAGGACAACCAUUGUCAACAAAUAAAAUCAAGCAAGCUCGUGAGCAUCUGGAAAAGCACGAAUUGUUGGAAAAAGUUGAUCCACCACUACCGGAAAUAAAUUUUCCUUUACCACCUCUGCAGGGGCAGAAUAUUGAAGAUCAUUUUCUGAAAAUUUCUGAGGAACAAUGUGGUGUUUACCGGACCCUGAUGAAAAAAUUGACAUCUGCCACUGUUCCUGCCAUACCCUCAACUUGGUCUACAUCGGUUGGAUGGACUAAGUAUAUGACUGGACGCCCUCCUGAGGCAGUUCCAUUCCCUGAUGAGGACUGUCUUGUGUUUGAUAUUGAAGAAUGCAUGGGAGCAGGUCUGGGACCAACGUUAGCUGUUGCGUUUGCACCAGACGCCUGGUACUGUUGGGUUAGCGCACCACUUGCUCAGGUGCUACAAGGAGGUGGCAUUCCUCCUUCUAAAGAUGACUUCAGCCCUCUUGAUCUAAUCAAUCUGGAAACUGCCCCUGAUUGUGAAAUAAUUCCCCCAGAAGGAUCAAAGCCAAAGGUUAUUGUAGCCCAUAAUGCGUCCUUUGAUAGAGCAAGAGUAAAAGAGCAGUAUUGGCUAGAACCAAGUCAAACAAGAUUUGUUGACACUAUGUCGAUGCACAUUUGUGUCAGUGGUGUGAGCAGCUUCCAGAAGUCACAGCUGCUCCACAAAAGUGUAGCUAAUAAUGAAGAAGAUUCUAUUCUGCAAAUCAAUGCUCCUCAUGGUGAAGAAUGGCGAGAACGAAGUUCUCUUAACAAUCUGAAUGAUGUGCAUAAGUUGUACUGUGGAGGGAAAGGUUUAGACAAGUCAACAAGGGAUAUUUUUGUCACAGGCACCCUCUUAGACGUGGCUGUGAAGUUUCAGGAGUCGGUGUCAUACUGUGCUUCUGACGUACGCGCCACGCUCGAGGUAGCACAGAAACUGUGGCCACUGUUCCUGGAGAGGUUUCCACACCCAGCCACCUUCGCAGGCAUGCUGGAAAUGUCUGCAGCCUAUCUUCCAGUUAGCGAGGCUUGGACUAAAUACAUUGCUGCGUCCAACAACAAAUUUGAAGAGAUCGAAGUUCAGAUAAAGAACACCCUCUGUGCAGCAGCUAGACAGGCCUGUGCUUUGUUGCAUGAGGAGAAGUACAAAAAUGACCCCUGGCUGUGGGACUUGGACUGGAGUGUGCAAGAAUUGAAGUUAAAAAAGUCUGCAACCAAGGGCGCAGACACGGAAUGGGACGAAGAGGACCGCAACGACCCUUCUGCUGGAAAAUUCAAGUACCUUGCUGCGCAGAGGGCUUUUAUGCCCGCUCGGGUACCUCUUUUGCCUGGCUAUCCAGCUUGGUACAGGGACCUCUGCACACGUCCCGAUUCAAUAGACUGGGUGCCGGGACCAACCGAGAUCUCUCCAAGUAUGCAAGUAACACCAAAAUUGCUGCGUCUGAGCUGGGAGGGUUUUCCUCUGCACAAGGUCAAAGGGCAAGGCUGGGGCUUCCUCAUCCCAGGUAGACCUCCAUCUCACUUUGAUGAAACAGAUGAUGUUGCUCCUCCAGUGGAUGAAAUUUUCAAGAUUUGCAAAAAAUACGCUGCAAUCAUUCCUGAUAUUCAGCUUUCCACAAAUGAAAUUGCCGAUGAAGUGGAGAGGAAGAUUUCUAAGGCUGAUUAUUUUGCUGCUAAGAAGAAAAAGGAGAAAGGCAUCACCCCGCCUCAGUGGUACAAAGGCACUGGACUGCCUUGCCCUGAUGUUGCACUUCCUGGUGUUUGGUUUCAGCGAAUGCCACAUCCUGGAGGUGCUCAGUUGAAGGUUGGUAACCCUUUAUCCAAAGAUUUCAUCACAAGAAUAUCAGAAGGAACCUUAAGAGGAGAAGGUGAACCAGGACAGGUUUUGGAUUUGAGCAAUACCGGCUCAUAUUGGAAAAACAAUAGAGAAAGAAUCGAGACGCAGAAGGUGGUUUGGCUCAACAAUGAUGCUUUGCCUAAAGGAAUACGUAAAAACUACAAACUUGGAGCUAUUUUGCCUCAGAUUGUAGUGGCUGGAACGCUUACGAGACGCGCAGUUGAGCGUACAUGGCUCACAGCCUCCAAUGCGGAAUCGCAGAGAAUAGGUUCGGAACUGCGAGCAAUGGUGCAUGCCCCUCCUGGAUACCACCUGGUUGGGGCUGAUGUGGAUUCGCAGGAGCUAUGGUUAGCAGCCCUUCUAGGCGAUGCUUCGUACGCUGGUGUGCAUGGUGCCACUGCUUUUGGUUGGCGAACUCUGCAGGGCAAAAAAUCUCUCGGCACUGACCUGCACAGUGCGACAGCAAAAGCGGCCGGCGCUUCAAGACAACACGCUAAAAUAAUGAAUUACGCCCGAAUUUACGGAGCUGGCCAGAACUUCGCUCAGCAACUUUUGAAACGGUUUUGUCCAGACAUGAGUGAAGAGCAAUGCCGCAAAGCAGCUGUCAACACUCUGACCCUCACUAAGGGCAAGCGGAUGUACACAAUUCCAGCUAAAGCCUUCAAGGCACUCUUUGAGAAGAAUCUCAUAACAGCUGAGCACAAGUCCAACGACAAAGUUUUCUGCACUUCCCUUGGCGUCAAAUUUGGCACAAUCAAUGAAGCAGGAGAAAUCUUGCUUACAAAAUCCGAGCUGGACAUGCUUAGAGGUUUCGAAAAACUGAGUGGCGUCAAGUGGCCUCAAAGCGCCUGUGCCAAAGUUCGAUCAGUUUGGCAGGGAGGCACAGAGUCAGCAAUGUUCAAUCGAUUAGAGGAAAUUGCGAACUCACCAUAUCCUGCAACUCCUUUUCUUGGCGCCCGCCUCAGCAGAGCUCUUGAACCGAAGUCCAUAGGCACUUACAAUUUCCUAACAACCAGGGUCAACUGGGUGGUUCAGAGCAGUGCCGUCGACUUUCUUCACCUGAUGCUAGUUUCCAUGAGAUGGCUCUUAGGCGAUGUACCAAACCUCCGUUUUGUGCUGAGUUUCCAUGAUGAAGUCAGGUACCUUGUACCUUCAUCCAAAAGGUAUGAUGCAGCGUUGGCUCUUCAUGCAACAAACCUGCUAGUCCGUGCAUUCUGUGCUCGGCGAGUGGGGAUCCACGAUCUUCCACAUUCGGUGGCUUUUUUCUCUGGAGUAGAAGUGGACAAAGCAAUGCGUAAAGACGCGACUAGCGAGUGCAUCACGCCAUCGAAUCCAGGGGGAAUGACCAAGACUUAUAAAAUCCCUCAAGGCGAGACCCUUGACGUUUAUGACGCGGUUCAAAAAGCAGGAUCUGAUCCGUUCAAGAAAUUGAAGCGAAAAUUCAGCAUAUACGAUUUUUGUGGUGUCCAUCAAGACAUUAAAUGGUGACUUAAAUAAAAGAAAGCCUUUUUAAAAAAAAUAAA